UUCAAGGUCCCGGUGAUAACUCUCCACUAAACGUUAUCUUAUGACUACUUACGCACAUUUCUCUCUAAAAUAUUAGAAUCUUAAAAUGAGUUUAAAAGAAAUUACCAAAGAGCAUUUUGGGAAAACGUCUGACGGAAAAGACGUUUAUGUGUUCAUCCUGCGCGCGGGGGGCGUGACGGUACGGGUGCUCAACUUCGGCUGUGUGGUAAAGGAAAUUCUCGUACCGGACAAGGACGGCAACAUAACCGACAUCUGCCUCGGACACGAUACAUUCGAAGGCUAUGAGGACAACCCAGCGUUUCUAGGUGCUAUUUGCGGGCGGGUGGCGAACAGGAUUGACGGGGCGACAUUUGAGCUUGACGGCAAGCGCUAUGACGUCAGCAAAAACGACCCGCUUGGAAACAACUUAUGUCACGGCGGCUUUGUUGGCUUUACGAGGAGAUGUUUCGACUGGAAAAUCGACGGCUUCAAGUUAAUCCUGACGUACACAGACGUGGACGGAGCGGAGGGGUUCCCGGGAGACGUUGACGUCACGGUGACAUAUGAGCUGACGUCAGACGCGGAGUUCAUGAUGGAUUACCAGGCGACUACGAACAAAGCCACUCCAAUAGACAUGGCGAAUCACUUCAUGGUUAACCUAGCUGGACAUGACCAUGGGUAUGUUGGCGAUCAUAUCGUUACCUCAAACUCCUCCGAAAUCUUGGAAUUUAACGAACGAUUUAUUCCAACAGGCAAAAUUCUGAGUGUAGAGGGCAGCUUGUUCGACUUCCGGAAGCCGGUGUUGCUAGGCGACGUGUUAGAGCGCAUGCCCGGGAAAGACGGGCUCCACCACUCGCAUCUCGUUCAAGGACAUGACGGACAGAAAAGACUCGUUGCCAGGGCGGAGCACAAAAACACGGGGAGGUACCUGGAGGUGUGGAGCACGGAGCCCCAGUUCGUCGCUUACUCGUGCUUCUACCUUGACUUCCUGUUGAAGGGCACCCCUUGUAAGGCCGGUCACGUGUACCAGAAAAGUGGCGGCAUACUCUUCAUGCCUCACAAAUACCCGAACGCGGUCAACGUGGCGAGUUUCCCGAGCGUGGUUGUCCGGCCUGGUGAGACGUACCAUGCGUCGUCCUCGUACAAGUUUGGGGUAACCCGGACUUGUGACGUCAUCAGUUAAAAUAAUUUCUGUGGCGGAAGACAAAAACGAGAUUUAUAUGUUUGAUAGGAUUGUAAAAGAACUCAACCAGUGUUCGUAGAUUUAAAUUUACGUUUUUUUUUUAAUAAUUUUUGCAAAAAAAAAAACAGAAACCAGUUAUAUAUACAAGACUGCUGACAACAAAAUUAGAUCGCAGAUUUUAAUAUUUAAGUUCAAAAAUCGAUGUUUUAUGCAUUUUUCUUAAGCCAUAAACAUAUUUUUCUAACGAAAAAUAUGAAAAUCUCCGAUCUGAUUUUUUUGUCAGCAAUCUUUUAUCAUUGAUAUGCAGAUAUUUACGCAAAAAAUUGCUCCUUCAAAGACAAUAAUAUAAAAGUUGUAAAAAUGGUAUAUCUGUGAGAGUGCAGCUUUAAAUAGAUAAUGCGUGGAUAAUUAAGGCUUAUGAUAAAUAUCAAAGGCAUGUGAAGAAAGAGAUCUUGUGUGAAAACGAAAUAAUGUAAAUAGCUAUAACGCAUGUUGGAAAUACCGGUGUUUGUCGAUCUAGUAAGGUAGACAUGGUCGUGGUGCAGUGCGGUUGCGGUGAACUCUUGGUCGCCAGUGGAAGUGGUGGACCCUAUGCCGCCAGUGGUAAUGUCGGACUGAGUGCCGUCAGUGAUAGUGGAUGAUUCUGGCCCGUCAGUGGUAGUGGAUGACGACGGGCCGUCAGUGGUAGUGGAUGACGACGGGCCGUCAGUGGUAGUGGGUGACUCCGGGCCGUCAGUGGUAGUGGAUGACGCCGGGCCGUCAGUGGUAGUGGAUGACUCCGGGCCGUCAGUGGUAGUGGAUGCCUCCGAUGAAACAGUUGUCGACGUUGACCCCACGUCGCCUGGUGUUGGGGAUGCCUCAGUGACCUGAUAUAGCGUCUCAACCAUUGCGCGGGCAUCAGCCUCACGGGAAAACAACAGGCAGUAGCAACUUUCCAUCUGAACAGGCUUCUUAGUCGUUGCAACAUAAAAUUCAAUGCUGGAUGUGGUGAAGGAGGCAUCAUGCAUUUGCGCCAACGUAAACUCUCCCGUCAUACCAUGCAUCAACACCAUUCCACCCUGGUCAUCAUAAAAGCAGUCGGAUAUACAUACGAGUUGUCAAAGUUGAAACGUGUCAAUGGUAUAUCGUAUCGCUUAGGAACACACAUUUGCUAAUACUUUAAUAGGGACCGCUUUAUUUAAGAUCUUAGUCGCGGGGUGAAAAUGUUCUGUGACAUUUCUUGUUGUUAAUUUACUGCGUAUUUGCUUCCAGUAUUUUAAUUGAAUUAACUUUGAGGAAAUAAAAUCUUAAAUCUAU